AUGGUGGUGCCGUCGGCGGCGGAAUGCCGGGAGGCGGCGGCGGCGGCCGAUCAGGCCGUGACGUGGCGGCGAGGCGUGCCGGCGGUGGUGGACAUGUCGGCGCCGGCGGGGCGGGGCGAGCUGGCGCGGCAGGUCGUGCGGGCGUGCGGCGGGGGCGGGGGCGGCUUCUUCAAGGCCGUGAACCACGGCGUGGCGCCGCGGGUGGCCGCCCGGAUGGACGCCGCGGCGGCGGCGUUCUUCGCGCGGGCGGCGGCGGAGAAGCAGCUCGCCGGGCCGCCCGACCCGCUCGGGUACGGCAGCCGGAGCAUCGGGAGCAACGGCGACGUGGGCGAGCUGGAGUACCUGAUCCUGCACACCCACCCCGACUCGGUGGCGCGCAAGGCCAACGCCAUCGACACGAAUCACCCUCACCGGUUCAGCCAGGUGGUGAAUGAUUAUGUGGAGGCAGUGAGGCAGCUUGCUUGCCAGGUCCUUGACCUGCUAGGGGAGGGCCUGGGCCUGAGGGACCCCACGUCGCUGAGCAGCCUCAUCACGGCCACUGACAACGACUCCCUCGUCAGGAUCAACCACUACCCUCCUCACCCAUCCUGUGCGAGUGCAACGAAGCCCGGCGGCGGCGGCGCCGUCGGGUUCGGCGAGCACACCGACCCUCAGAUCCUCAGCGUGCUCCGGGCCAACGACGUCGGCGGCCUGCAGGUGCUCCUGCCGGACGCCGCCGCCGCCGCCGACGGCGACGGUGCCUGGGUCCCCGUGGCUCCUGACCCGUCUGCGUUUUUCAUCAACGUCGGCGAUCUCCUACAGGCUCUGACGAACGGGAGGCUGGUGAGUGUCCGGCACAGGGUGGUGGCCGGCGCCGGCAAGCCGAGGCUGUCCACCAUCUACUUCGCGGCGCCGCCGCUGCACGCGACGAUCUCGGCGCUGCCGGAGACGGUCACCGCCGGCGCGCCACGCCUGUACAGGCCCUUCACCUGGGCGGAGUACAAGAAGACCAUGUACACGCUCCGCCUGAGCCACAACCGCCUCGUCCUCUUCCACGUCGGCGACGGCGGCGCCGGCAUUGAGGACCACGAUGGCCAAGAAUAGCUGGACAUGAGAGAUCUUUGGAAAGUUUAUGUAUAAUGACUGUGCAGUUCAGAGAGUGAAGUAUAGCGAUCAGUUGAACAUGUUUUUUUUGACACGAAAUUUUGUCUCAUCGGCAGUUUAUCGCAGAUUUGCUGAAUUAUAAUAUUUCUGUCCUAAAAUAUAAAGAAAUUUUAAUUAGGAAUUUCUGUUAGCAAAAUUGUUUAUAUUUUGAGACGGAGUUAGAAUAUAUGAUGUGUUUGAUAAGUUUAAGGAUGCAGUAGCAGUGGUCGAAGCUGUUGUGCAGAUUGUAUAGGCUAUAACAUAAUUGCUAUUAUGUACUUUCUCUAUAUUUUUUUAUA